CGGAAGCUCACAGAGACGAAUGGAGAGAAAGGUCAGAGAGAAAAGCCCAGAAACAGGGUGACUGACUGAACCACAGAGAAACACAGAAGGAGGAAGAAACAGACGCAAACAUUCAGAGGGACCUCCCGAGGCAGAGAGAGACUGACAGAGCCAAGGAGACGCGUGGGGAGCGUGUCAGAGAGAGGGGGACAGGCGCGCAGAGCCCAGGAACAGAUUGGAUCAGAGGGACACAGAAGGACAAGCAGCGUUCAGAGGAGGGGGCCUCAGAGACGCAGGCACAGAGGGAGAUUCGCAGUGCCAGGGAGACAAAUAGAGACAGAGACCCAAGGAUUUACAGGACUGACACACAGGGAGACGCCCAGCCAGGGAGACUGAAAUGCAGUGAGACGGGAUGGGAGAGAGAGAGAGAGGGAGAGACCACGACCCAGAGAGGGUCAAGGGACGGAUGACGGACACAGAUGGACACACAGGGAAAGCAAGAGGUGCAGAAACAGAAAUUCCCAGACACAGAGAGAGAAAAAAGAUCCGCCCAGAGAGAGCGAGAGACCAAGAGAAAGACAAUCUCAGAGACAGACAUAAAAAUUCACAGAGACCCAGAGAGAAAUAAGGACGCAGGGACAUGGGAGAGAGCCUGCCUGUUCACUAGUGGAGCUCAGCACUAAACGCAAAGUUUGUUGAUUGAGUGCACGAAAACAGCUUGGCCCAGCCCGGGACACAGAGCUCCGCGUGCCGCCGCGGCAGGAUCCUGGUUCCUGAGCUGUUCCGGGGGCCAUGGCGGGCCUGGGCCCCGGUGGAGGCGAUUCAGAGGGGGGACCCCGGCCCCUGUUUUGCAGAAAGGGGGCUCUGAGGCAGAAGGUGGUCCACGAAGUCAAGAGCCACAAGUUCACUGCUCGUUUCUUCAAGCAGCCAACCUUCUGCAGCCACUGCACCGACUUCAUCUGGGGGAUUGGAAAGCAGGGCCUGCAAUGUCAAGUCUGCAGCUUUGUGGUUCAUCGGCGAUGCCACGAAUUCGUGACCUUCGAGUGUCCAGGCGCCGGGAAGGGCCCCCAGACGGACGACCCCCGGAACAAGCACAAGUUCCGCCUGCACAGCUACAGCAGCCCCACCUUCUGCGACCACUGCGGCUCCCUGCUCUACGGGCUGGUGCACCAGGGCAUGAAAUGCUCCUGCUGCGAGAUGAACGUGCACCGGCGCUGUGUGCGCAGCGUGCCGUCCCUGUGCGGCGUGGACCACACCGAGCGCCGCGGGCGCCUGCAGCUGGAGAUCCGCGCCCCAACUUCGGACGAGAUCCACGUCACCGUCGGUGAGGCCCGUAACCUCAUCCCAAUGGACCCCAACGGUCUGUCGGAUCCCUACGUGAAACUGAAGCUCAUCCCUGACCCUCGGAACCUGACGAAACAGAAGACCCGGACCGUGAAAGCCACACUGAACCCCGUGUGGAACGAGACCUUCGUAUUCAACCUGAAGCCGGGCGACGUGGAGCGCCGGCUCAGCGUGGAGGUGUGGGACUGGGACCGGACUUCCCGCAACGACUUCAUGGGCGCCAUGUCCUUCGGCGUCUCGGAGCUGCUCAAGGCGCCCGUGGACGGCUGGUACAAGUUACUGAACCAGGAGGAGGGCGAAUAUUACAAUGUGCCGGUGGCCGAUGCUGACAACUGCAGCCUCCUCCAGAAGUUUGAGGCCUGUAACUAUCCCCUGGAGCUGUAUGAGCGGGUGCGGAUGGGCCCGUCUUCCUCCCCCAUCCCCUCCCCAUCCCCUAGCCCCACCGACUCCAAGCGCUGCUUCUUCGGGGUGAGCCCUGGGCGCCUGCACAUCUCCGACUUCAGCUUCCUCAUGGUUCUAGGAAAAGGCAGUUUUGGGAAGGUGAUGCUGGCCGAGCGCAGGGGCUCCGAUGAGCUCUACGCCAUCAAGAUCCUGAAGAAGGACGUGAUCGUGCAGGACGACGACGUGGACUGCACGCUGGUGGAGAAGCGCGUGCUGGCACUGGGGGGCCGAGGCCCGGGCGGUCGGCCUCACUUCCUCACCCAGCUCCACUCCACCUUCCAGACCCCGGAUCGCCUGUAUUUCGUGAUGGAGUAUGUCACCGGGGGCGACUUGAUGUACCACAUUCAACAAUUGGGCAAGUUUAAGGAGCCCCAUGCAGCGUUCUACGCGGCAGAGAUCGCCAUCGGCCUCUUUUUUCUCCACAACCAAGGCAUCGUCUACCGGGACCUGAAACUGGACAACGUGAUGCUGGAUGCCGAAGGACACAUCAAAAUCACUGACUUCGGCAUGUGUAAGGAGAACGUCUUCCCCGGGUCCACCACCCGCACCUUCUGCGGGACCCCGGACUACAUAGCCCCCGAGAUCAUUGCCUACCAGCCCUAUGGGAAGUCUGUGGAUUGGUGGUCAUUUGGGGUUCUCCUCUACGAGAUGUUGGCAGGACAGCCUCCCUUUGAUGGAGAAGAUGAGGAGGAGCUGUUUCAGGCCAUCAUGGAACAAACCGUCACCUACCCCAAGUCGCUUUCCCGGGAAGCUGUGGCCAUCUGCAAGGGGUUCCUAACCAAGCACCCAGGGAAGCGCCUGGGCUCGGGGCCUGACGGGGAGCCCACCAUCCGCGCCCACGGCUUCUUCCGCUGGAUCGACUGGGAGCGGCUGGAACGGCUGGAGAUCCCGCCGCCCUUCCGCCCCCGCCCGUGCGGCCGCAGCGGCGAGAACUUCGACAAGUUCUUCACGCGGGCGGCGCCGGCGCUGACGCCCCCAGACCGCCUGGUCCUGGCCAGCAUCGACCAGUCUGAGUUCCAGGGCUUCACCUACAUUAACCCGGAUUUCGUGCACCCGGAUGCCCGCAGCCCCGUCAGCCCGGUCCCCGUGCCCGUCAUGUGACCCCCCCCGCCGCUGCCGGGUGUCCCCAUUGCCCCCUCCGCCGCGCCGGCCGUCGCCCCCUCCACCGCCCCCUUGAAUUCUAGAUCCUCCCCCAGCAUUCUGGCCUCUGCCCCGUGGGUUCCGGAUCCCCCUCCCGAGCAUCCCUGGCACUCUGGGCUCCCUGCGGGCGCUAGAGCCUCCCGGUGUUCCCGAUUCUGCCGUGCUGGGGCCUACAAUCCUCCCCCCAGCUCCCACAGGUUCCAGAACUACUUCCACCGCCCCAAUCCCAUGGGGUUCUAGACUCCGUCUUGGUAGGUUCUAUUUCUCUCCUCCCACCCCCUCCCUCUGGGAAAUAGUCUCACGGUGGGGGGGGCUGUUCCAGACUCGGAGUCCAGAACAAACCCUCCCCUCCGAGGCUCCUCCCACCUCCACUCCAGUUCUGGAGUAAGUGGGGGGCUGUGCCGCCAGGCUCCUGCGCCCCCUCCUCGACGCCCCGGGGAUUCCUGGGAUGUACGGGGGGCUCACCCCCCCACCACCACCGUUCUCACUCAGCUUUUGUUCUAGACUCCCCCGUCCUAAACCCAUCACUGCUCGCCAGUGCAUGGCUCCAGUCCUGCUCGGAAACUCCCUCCCCCAUGCCCGCCACUCUCUGGGGCUCCCGCCUCCUCCUCCUCGUCCCUCUGCCUCUCCCACCCGGCCACAGCUGCUGGGGAAUAAAUUUGGGAUGCUG